AUGGCUUCCAUCAACGUGAGCUCUUCAGCGGCCCUCACGUUUGAGCUGAUCGCACGCUGUUCGCUUCCCAUGUUCAUGCCUGUUGCGACACAGGCAUCGCUCAAAGGACUUACCCCUGAGCAGCUUGAGGAGACAGGUUGUCGCCUGUGCCUGAACAACACCUAUCAUCUAGGUCUCAAGCCCGGGCAAGAUGUCCUUGCUGCUGUCGGCGGUGCGCACAAGCUACAGGGAUGGAGCCACAACAUUCUUACCGACAGCGGUGGCUUUCAAAUGGUCAGCCUCCUUAAGCUGGCGAACAUCACCGAGGAGGGUGUGCGCUUUCUCAGCCCACACGAUGGGUCGCCCAUGCUUCUCACGCCUGAACACUCAAUCUCGUUGCAAAACACCAUCGGGAGCGACAUUAUCAUGCAGCUAGACGACGUCCUCGUUACAACGUCCCCAGACAAGGAGCGUAUGCGCGAGGCCAUGGAACGCAGCGUGAGAUGGCUCGACCGCUGCAUUGCAGCUCACCAGAACCCGACGACCCAGAACCUGUUCUGCAUCAUUCAGGGAGGUCUGGACCUCGAGAUGCGAAGAGAGUGCUGCAGGCAGAUGCUUGCGCGAGACACCCCAGGCAUUGCCAUCGGCGGACUCAGUGGCGGCGAGGCCAAGGCCGACUACUGCCGUGUCGUCCGGACGUGCACCGAGAUGCUACCCGACCUCAAGCCACGGUACCUGGAACUCAUGCGGAACGUGAGACAGGCUAUCAUCGAGGAUCGGUAUCCCGAUUUUGUACGGCAAUUCUUUGGCAACUUGUACGAUAGCGACAAGACCAAGUUCCCUGAAUGGGCUGUGGAGGCGCUCCGUGGCGUCGGUGUAGAUUUAACAGAUGGUUAA